GCGGACGGAGGAGCAGCGAGUCAAGAUGAGAGUUCAGCCGCGGCGGCAGCAGCAGCAGACUCGAGAAUGAACAAUCCGUCAGAAAACGGUAAACCGUCUGUGGAGAGCGGGGACAGCAGCACAGGCACUCAAACGAAUGGUCUGGACUUUCAGAAGCAGCCGGUGCCCGUCGGAGGCGCGAUCUCCACCGCCCAGGCCCAGGCUUUCUUCGGGCAUCUCCACCAGGUGCAGCUCGCCGGGACGGGUUUGCAGGCCGCAGCUCAGUCUUUAAACGCGCAGUCAAAAUCUAAUGAGGAGCCCGGGGACGCACAGCAGCCCAGCCAGCCCUCGCCGCAGCCGCAGCCGUCCGUGCCGGCGGCCCUGCCGCAGACCCAGCUCAUGCUGGCCGGAGGGCAGAUCACCGGGCUCGCUCUGACGCCGGCCCAGCAACAGCUGCUGCUGCAGCAGGCGCAGGCCCAGGCGCAGCUGCUGGCCGCCGCCGUGCAGCAGCACUCCGCCAGCCAGCAGCACGGCGCCGCCGGGGCCACCAUCUCCGCCUCCGCUGCCACGCCCAUGACGCAGAUCCCCCUGUCCCAGCCCAUACAGAUCGCACAGGACCUGCAGCAGCUGCAGCAGCUCCAGCAGCAGAACCUCAACCUGCAGCAGUUCGUGCUGGUGCACCCGACCACCAACCUGCAGCCUGCACAGUUCAUCAUCUCCCAGACGCCCCCGGGCCAGCAGGGUCUCCUGCAAGCGCAGAAUCUUCUAACGCAACUACCUCAGCAAAGCCAAGCCAACCUCCUGCAGGCGCAGCCCAGCGUCGCCCUCACCUCCCAGCCAGCAACCCCGACACGCACAAUAGCCGCAACCCCGAUUCAGACACUUCCACAGAGCCAGGCGACACCAAAGCGCAUCGAUACUCCCAGCUUGGAGGAGCCCAGUGACCUGGAGGAGCUGGAGCAGUUUGCCAAGACCUUCAAACAAAGACGAAUCAAACUGGGAUUCACUCAGGGCGAUGUCGGGCUCGCGAUGGGCAAACUGUACGGGAAUGACUUCAGCCAGACCACCAUCUCUCGCUUUGAAGCCUUGAACCUCAGCUUCAAGAACAUGUGCAAGCUAAAGCCCCUCUUGGAGAAGUGGCUCAAUGAUGCAGAGAACCUCUCAUCCGAUUCUGCGCUCUCCAGCCCCAGUGCCCUGAACUCUCCAGGGCAGGGGAUUGAGGGCCUGAACCGUCGGAGGAAGAAACGCACCAGCAUAGAGACCAACAUCCGUGUGGCCUUAGAGAAGAGUUUCCUGGAGAAUCAAAAGCCUACCUCGGAGGAGAUCACCAUGAUCGCUGAGCAGCUCAACAUGGAGAAGGAGGUGAUCCGUGUGUGGUUUUGUAACCGCCGCCAGAAGGAGAAGAGGAUCAACCCCCCCAGCAGCGGCGGGACCAGCGGCUCGCCCAUCAAGGCGGUUUUCCCCAGCCCGGCCUCGCUGGUGGCAACCACGCCCAGCCUCGUGACCAGCAGCGCGGCCACCACCCUCGCCGUGAACCCCGUCCUCCCUCUGACCAGCGCCGCGGUGACCAGCCUCCCCGUCCCAGGCACCACCGACGCAGCCGCCGCCAACAGCACAGCAGCGACUGUGAUAUCCACCGCGCCCGCGGCAGCCCCGGCCGUCACGCCCCCCUCUCUGAGCCCCUCCCCGUCCGCCUCCGCGUCCGCCUCGGCCUCUGAGGCCUCCAGCGCGGGGGAGACCAGCACGACGCAGACCGCCUCCACCCCUCUGCCCUCCGCGCUCGGGACCGGCCAAGUGACGGUGACAGCGGCGGGGCUGCAGACGGCCGCGGCCGCCGCGCUGCCCGGAGCCACGCAGCUGCCGGCCAACGCCAGCCUCGCUGCCAUGGCCGCCGCGGCGGGGCUGAGCCCGGGUCUGAUGGCCCCCUCGCAGUUCGCAGCUGGAGGUGCCUUACUCAGCCUCAACCCAGGGACCCUGGGCGGCGCGCUCAGCCCGGCCCUGAUGAGCAACAGCACACUGGCGACCAUUCAAGCUCUUGCUUCUGGUGGCUCUCUUCCAAUAACAUCACUGGAUGCAACUGGGAACCUGGUCUUUGCCAAUGCGGGAGGAGCCCCCAACAUCGUGACUGCCCCCCUGUUCCUGAACCCCCAGAACCUCUCUCUGCUCACCAGCAACCCAGUUAGCCUGGUCUCUGCCGCCGCAGCCUCCGCGGGGAACUCUGGGCCCGUCGCCAGCCUCCACGCCGCCUCCACCUCUGCGGAGUCCAUCCAGAACUCUCUCUUCACCGUGGCCUCUGCCGGCGGGGCCGCCUCCACCACCACCACCGCCUCCAAGGCCCAGUGAGCGGCCGCCGCUGCCCCUGCACGAGCGCAGUGCCGUCGGGCCCCCCAGCGGUGGCCUGGCCGCGGGCUCCCUCUUGCCUCGGGCAAGGGAGAGGAGAGGCAAGGAGGGGAGACACGUGCCGGAAAGGAAGGGUGGAAACCGGACAGCAUUUGCCUAAUUUUGUAAUAAAACACUGUCUUUUCAGGAUUGCUUCAUGGAUUGGAGAACUUUCUAACGAAAAAUUUAAAAAAAAAAAAAGCAGAAACAAAAAAUCAAAAACAAAAAAUAAGUGAAAGGACUACUUCCUGCUUAUCAUUUCCAGCAGUCAGGAUGGCAGUGAAGGUGGGUUACCAUUCCAGUAUAGGAAGGGGAUUUCUCGUUUGUCUAAAUUCCUUUUUUUCUUAAAAAAAUCAUUUUUAUGGGUCUGUUGUAUAGGCCAUUAAGUCCUAACAAGGUGUUUAUAAUAGUUUCGAUUGUGUUGGGGGUUCCUUUCUUAACUGGUACAACUUAGGCAGGCCUGUGUUACUGUAUCUCUAUUAUUGUUGUUGUUGUUAUUGUUUUUAUAUAUAUAUAGUUCGGACAUGUUUGUCUCGCUCCUGGAUCCUGUUUCAGUGAGCUCCCACGCUGUGGGGAGGGGUGUGGGUCGGGGGAACGUGCGUUCUUGACUGCGGAACGCUCUUGCUGGUCUCCGUGUCCCUGAUGACUCUUACAGAGGUCCCAGAAAGCUGUUUCCUUUUGCCACUUACGCCAGAGGCUCGGCGCAGCAGCCGAGGGCAGUGAGCACGAACGCCCGCUCCCCACGCCCCCGCAGGGCGGUGCCUUCGGGGCACUUGGCAAGGGCAGCCGCGCCUGCUGGGCUGUGCCUCUCACUCUGAUCUUGAAGGACCCCACACCGGGGCCCCGGGCGCGCCGGCGCUGCUCCUGCCUCCCACGGGGCGCACGGGGCGCACGGGGCCCAGGCUCCAAGAGCAAAGACUACUGCAGACACCUGCCCGGGUGGCCCUCCUGACUCCUAAUCUCCUGAGAAAUGCUCCUACUGUCGCUGUGUGUUUGUCUGUUCCACUGUGUGGGAGGUCUUCGUCCAGACUUCUUUUAACUUGCUUGGCAAAGAUCAAACUGACUCGUGGAGAUCGGGACCCUUUUCCCUGCGGCGUCCUCUGAAGGAGCCCUGCCAGACGGCUCUCUGUUGGUGACUGACCUCCAACAGACAUGGUGAGCGGGGGCCGAGGUCCCUGUCCCUCCUCUCCUAGCCACAGACUUCCUUGUCCCCAGGGGGCUUGGAGGUCUGUCUCCCUGAGACGGCGCUGUCCUCUGAGGGGUGAGGCGCAGGCGCA